AUUCAAACACUUUCACUUCUUGCUGAAAAGCCUUCAAUUGCUGCAGUUGGAUCCUGAAUUGGCAGUAGUUGCUGCAGCAGUCAUAGCAGCAGCAGCUGCACCUACUGUUAUACCUCCUGCAGCUUUAACAAGCUUUAACAACUUUUUGUUUAUUUUAAUAUUAAAUAGAAACAUGGACAAUCUAGAGAGUGAUUGGAUGUACAAAAGGUUGGAUGGCCGAGGGGGUAUUAAUUCAAGUUUCAUAACUGGUGUGAACAAGUUUCUCCAAUUCUUGCGUAGUCUUGCUCAUGGACCAUUAAUAAGCGCAAAAUGUUAUCCGGUGUAUUUUGUUAAUAGAUACAAAUUUCACACGGAAUGUCAUGGUAGUGCAAGAUCAACAAUUAAUAGUGGAGUUUGUAUCUCGAAUCCAAAUAUUGGUGACUAUUAUGGACAGAUACAAGAGAUUAUACAAUUGGAAUACUGCGAAGAACCUUUAAAGCAAACUGUGUUAUUCAAGUGUGAAUGGUUUGAUCCAACUGUGAAUGUUGGUGUCAAAGAGCAUAACCAAUACAAACUAGUCGAUGUGAACCAUCGCCGUCGUUUUAACAAGUACGAACCUUUUAUUCUUGUGAUACAAGUAACUCAAGUGUGUUAUAUGCCUUAUCCUAGCAUGAAAAAAGACAAGGAUGAUUGGGUAGCUGUUUUGAAAGUUAAACCUCGAGAUGUUAUUAAACUUCCUGAUGAGGCAAUAACAUCAACUCCAGAACUGACUCUUCCAUUCCAAGUUGAAGAAGUUGAAGUCCAUUCGAUAGAUAUGAAUUUCACCACUGAUGAGAAUAUAAUCUUACAUGAUCCAAAUGGGGAUGUAAUUGAAAUGGUUGAACCCAUUAAUGAUGGACUAUUGAUAGAGAAUCAAGAGUUCGAAGAUGAAUCUUCAGAAGACGAGUAUGAAACUGAGGAUGAAAAUGUGGAGGAGGAUGAGGAAGAGUUUGAAGAAGAAACAGAUGAUGACUAGUGUGUUGAUAAUGCACUACUAUAUUUUUAUUGAAUUUUGGUUUUCUAAUAAUCUGUGUGGUAUGUUAUAAGUCAUGUAUCUAUUUUUUAGUAUAAUCUAUAGAGAAUCGAAUCGAAUACCACGUUUGUAGUAAUCUAAAUGGUAUAGUACUCUUAUAGCUUACGUUGUGUUGUGAAUCGAAUAUCACGUUUGUAACAUGUAUUUUUCUGCUUUGUGUUGCUUCAAUAUUGGAUUCUUUUGAUGAAUCUACCUUUGUUUCUUUGCUGCUAAAAUGAGCUAAAGAAGCAAGCUCAUUAACAUAAUCAGCAAUUUCUUCGACACAAAUGACGAUAUCGGUUAGUAUUGAUGCAACUGCAGCCACUGGUAUGACUUUUAUUAAGUUAAUAUCUUCCCAUAAACCUGAUAUGAGAAGUGAUUUCAGGUUCUUGGCUGUUGUUUUGGCAUUUGAGACAUGUUUAUUAGCUGGCAAGGGAAAAGUAAUUAUUUUUAUAGAACGUGCUAGAUCUUUUAGUGCUUUCCCAGAUUCUAUGCUCAUUUUUGUUGUUGUUUCCUUGAUCAUUCCCUUGAUCUCUUCAGGUGCCUCCAAUGGAGUCACCAUGUAUCUCUCCGCAUUCUGUUGAAUUUUAUAAGCUUUCAUACUAGCUUAGCUUCUACUUACUUGAAUUU